CAAGUGUUAUAUCAGAGCCACCAUCAACUUCUCCUUCAGGAUCAACAACACCUGUUCUCCUGGAAACAUCAACAGGUGUUACAUCAGAGCCACCAUCAACUUCUCCUUCAGGAUCAACUACAGCUAUCACACUGGAAACAUCAACAGGUGUUACAUCAGAACAACCAUCAAGUACUCCUUCAGGAUCAACUACAGGUGUAAUGCUGGAAACAUCAACAGGUGUUACAUCAGAGCCACCGUCUAGUUCUCAUUCAGGACCAACUACAGCUAUCACACUGGAAGCAUCAACAGGUGUUACAUCAGAACCACCAUCAACUUCUCCUUCAGGACCAACUUCAACUAUCAUCCUGGAAAUAUCAACAGGUGUUACAUCAGAGCCACCAUCAACUACUCCGUCAGGAUCAACUACAGGUGUAAUGUUGGAAACAUCAACAGGUGUUACAUCAGAGCCACCGUCUAGUUCUCCUUCAGGAACAAGUACAGCUAUCACACUGGAAAUAUCAACAGGUGUUACAUCAGAACCACCAUCAACUUCUCCAUCAAGAUCAACGACACCUGUUCUCCUGGAAACAUCAACAGGUGUUACAUCAGAGCCACCGUCUAGUUCUCCUUCAGGACCAACUACGGCUAUCACACUGGAAGCAUCAACAGGUGUUACAUCAGAACCACCAUCAACUUCUCCAUCAAGAUCAACGACACCUGUUCUCCUGGAAACAUCAACAGGUGUUACAUCAGAGCCACCAUCAACUUCUCCUUCAGGAUCAACUACAGCUAUCACACUGGAAACAUCAACAGGUGUUACAUCAGAGCCACCAUCUAGUUCUUCUUCAGGAUCAACUACAGGUGUAACAUUGGAAACAUUAACCGGUGUUACAUCAGAGUCACCAUCUAGUUCUUCUUCAGGACCAACUACAGCUAUCAAACUGGAAACAUCAACAGGUGUUACAUCAGACCCACCAUCAACUUCUCCUUCAGGAUCAACUACAGGUGUGACAUUGGAAACAUCAACACGUGUGACAUCAGGGCCACCACCUAGUUCUCCUUCAGGACCAACUACAGCUAUCACACUGGAAACAUCAACAGGUGUUACAUCAGACCCACCAUCAUCAUCUCCUUCAGGAUCAACUACAGGUGUGACAUUGGAAACAUCAACACGUGUGACAUCAGGGCCACCACCUAGUUCUCCUUCAGGACCAACUACAGCUAUCACACUGGAAACAUCAACAGGUGUUACAUCAGAGCCACCAUCUAGUUCUUCUUCAGGAUCAACUACAGGUGUAACAUUGGAAACAUUAACCGGUGUUACAUCAGAGUCACCAUCUAGUUCUUCUUCAGGACCAACUACAGCUAUCAAACUGGAAACAUCAACAGGUGUUACAUCAGAGCCACCAUCAACUUCUCCUUCAGGAUCAACUACAGCUAUCACACUGGAAACAUCAACAGGUGUUACAUCAGAACAACCAUCAAGUACUCCUUCAGGAUCAACUACAGGUGUAAUGCUGGAAACAUCAACAGGUGUUACAUCAGAGCCACCGUCUAGUUCUCAUUCAGGACCAACUACAGCUAUCACACUGGAAGCAUCAACAGGUGUUACAUCAGAACCACCAUCAACUUCUCCUUCAGGACCAACUUCAACUAUCAUCCUGGAAAUAUCAACAGGUGUUACAUCAGAGCCACCAUCAACUACUCCGUCAGGAUCAACUACAGGUGUAAUGUUGGAAACAUCAACAGGUGUUACAUCAGAGCCACCGUCUAGUUCUCCUUCAGGAACAAGUACAGCUAUCACACUGGAAAUAUCAACAGGUGUUACAUCAGAACCACCAUCAACUUCUCCAUCAAGAUCAACGACACCUGUUCUCCUGGAAACAUCAACAGGUGUUACAUCAGAGCCACCGUCUAGUUCUCCUUCAGGACCAACUACGGCUAUCACACUGGAAGCAUCAACAGGUGUUACAUCAGAACCACCAUCAACUUCUCCAUCAAGAUCAACGACACCUGUUCUCCUGGAAACAUCAACAGGUGUUACAUCAGAGCCACCAUCAACUUCUCCUUCAGGAUCAACUACAGCUAUCACACUGGAAACAUCAACAGGUGUUACAUCAGAGCCACCAUCUAGUUCUUCUUCAGGAUCAACUACAGGUGUAACAUUGGAAACAUUAACCGGUGUUACAUCAGAGUCACCAUCUAGUUCUUCUUCAGGACCAACUACAGCUAUCAAACUGGAAACAUCAACAGGUGUUACAUCAGACCCACCAUCAACUUCUCCUUCAGGAUCAACUACAGGUGUGACAUUGGAAACAUCAACACGUGUGACAUCAGGGCCACCACCUAGUUCUCCUUCAGGACCAACUACAGCUAUCACACUGGAAACAUCAACAGGUGUUACAUCAGACCCACCAUCAUCAUCUCCUUCAGGAUCAACUACAGGUGUGACAUUGGAAACAUCAACACGUGUGACAUCAGGGCCACCACCUAGUUCUCCUUCAGGACCAACUACAGCUAUCACACUGGAAACAUCAACAGGUGUUACAUCAGAGCCACCAUCUAGUUCUUCUUCAGGAUCAACUACAGGUGUAACAUUGGAAACAUUAACCGGUGUUACAUCAGAGUCACCAUCUAGUUCUUCUUCAGGACCAACUACAGCUAUCAAACUGGAAACAUCAACAGGUGUUACAUCAGACCCACCAUCAACUUCUCCUUCAGGAUCAACUACAGCUAUCACACUGGAAGCAUCAACAGGUGUUACAUCAGAACCACCAUCAACUUCUCCUUCAGGACCAACUUCAACUAUCAUCCUGGAAAUAUCAACAGGUGUUACAUCAGAGCCACCAUCAACUACUCCGUCAGGAUCAACUACAGGUGUAAUGUUGGAAACAUCAACAGGUGUUACAUCAGAGCCACCGUCUAGUUCUCCUUCAGGAACAAGUACAGCUAUCACACUGGAAAUAUCAACAGGUGUUACAUCAGAACCACCAUCAACUUCUCCAUCAAGAUCAACUACACCUGUUCUCCUGGAAACAUCAACAGGUGUUACAUCAGAGCCACCAUCUAGUUCUCCUUCAGGACCAACUACGGCUAUCACACUGGAAGCAUCAACAGGUGUUACAUCAGAGCCACCAUCAACUUCUCCUUCAGGAUCAACUACAGCUAUCACACUGGAAACAUCAACAGGUGUUACAUCAGAGCCACCAUCUAGUUCUUCUUCAGGAUCAACUACAGGUGUAACAUUGGAAACAUUAACCGGUGUUACAUCAGAGUCACCAUCUAGUUCUUCUUCAGGACCAACUACAGCUAUCAAACUGGAAACAUCAACAGGUGUUACAUCAGACCCACCAUCAACUUCUCCUUCAGGAUCAACUACAGGUGUGACAUUGGAAACAUCAACACGUGUGACAUCAGGGCCACCACCUAGUUCUCCUUCAGGACCAACUACAGCUAUCACACUGGAAACAUCAACAGGUGUUACAUCAGACCCACCAUCGUCUUCUCCUUCAGGAUCAACUACAGGUGUGACAUUGGAAACAUCAACACGUGUGACAUCAGGGCCACCACCUAGUUCUCCUUCAGGACCAACUACAGCUAUCACACUGGAAACAUCAACAGGUGUUACAUCAGACCCACCAUCAUCUCCUUCAGGAUCAACUACAGGUGUGACAUUGGAAACAUCAACACGUGUGACAUCAGGGCCACCACCUAGUUCUCCUUCAGGACCAACUACAGCUAUUACACUGGAAGCAUCAACAGGUGUUACGUCCGAACCACCAUCAACUUCUCGAUCAAGAUCAACUACACCUGUUAUCCUGGAAACAUCAAGAGUUGUUACAUCAGAGCCACCAUCAACUACUCCAUCAGACUCAACUACAGCUAUCACACUGGAAACAUCAACAGGUUUUACAUCAGAGCCACCACCUAGUUCUCCUUCAGGACCAACUACAGCUAUCACACUGGAAACAUCAACAGGUUUUACAUCAGGGCCACCACCUAGUUCUCCUUCAGGACCAACUACAGCUGUUACACUGGAAACAUCAAAAGGUGUGACAUCAGGGCCACCACCUAGUUCCCCUUCAGGACCAACUACAGCUAUCACACUGGAAACAUCAACAAGUGUUGCAUCAGAAACAUCAUCUAGCAUGCUUUCAAUAUCCACUAGGAGCAUUACACUGGAAAGUUUAACUGUUGUUGCAUCAGUACCCCCAUCUAGUACUCCUCACAGAUCAACUGUCAGCAUCGCACCAAAAACAUCAUUUGGUUUUACAUCCACACCACAUUCAACUUCCCCCUCAGGACCAAUUACACGCAUCACACAUUCAACACCUGUGACAACUGAACCACUAUCUAGUACUCCUUCCAAAUCAACCAUCACACCAAAACCAUUCACAGGUGUUACAACAGGAACACCAUCUAGCCCUUCUUCAAGAUCAACUGCAAGCAUCACACAGAAAACAUCAACAGUCAUCACACCACAAUCACUGCCAAAUUCUUCUUCCACAUUAUCUACAGUAGAAUCUACAACAGCAAGUUCACCUGAUAUACGGACUAUGAGCUUUACUUCUCUUGAAGAAUUUGAUCAUGAACUAUCAAACCAUUCUUCACCUAAAUUUGCUCAACGAGCAAACCUUGUCAAAACAAAGCUUGAACCAAUCCUUAAGAACAAAUCCAGCAACUUCAUUUUCCUAACAGUGAUUCGUUUCAGGCCUGGAUCAAUCAUCACAGAUAUGAAUUUAUACUACACAUAUCGUAACGGUCUUCCCAAUGAUUCAGAAAUCAUUACAACAAUACAGGACUCUGAUACAGGUUUAAACAUAACUAAAGCUUUUGUAACACAAAUAGCAACUACUACUACUCCUCUGGCCAAAUCUACUCCCAAAGCAACUACUGGUGCUGCUACUAUGAAAACACUUUCUCCAACAGCUACAACAAAAGCAACUAUAAAGCCUACAGCAAUUACUACAAAUGCAGCUACUGCUACUACAAAAACACUUGGUCCAACAGCUACAACAAAAGCAACUAUAAAGCCUACAGCAAUUACUACAAAUGCAGCUACUGCUACUACAAAAACACUUGCUCCAACAGGUACAACAAAAGCAACUAUAAAGCCUACAGCAAUUACUACAAAUCCAGCUACUGCUACUAUGAAAACACUUGCUCCAACAGGUACAACAAAAGCAACUAUAAAGCCUACAGCAAUUACUACAAAUGCAGCUACUGCUACUAUGAAAACACUUUCUCCAACAGCUACAACAAAAGCAACUAUAAAGCCUACAGCAAUUACUACAAAUGCAGCUACUGCUACUACAAAAACACUUGCUCCAACAGGUACAACAAAAGCAACUAUAAAGCCUACAGUAAUUACUACAAAUCCAGCUACUGCUACUAUGAAAACACUUUCUCCAACAGCUACAACAAAAGCAACUAUAAAGCCUACAGCAAUUACUGCAAAUGCAGCUACUGCUACUAUGAAAACACUUUCUCCAACAGCUACAACAAAAGCAACUAUAAAGCCUCCAGCAAUUACUACAAAUGCAGCUACUGCUACUAUGAAAACACUUUCUCCAACAGCUACAACAAAAGCAACUAUAAAGCCUCCAGCAAUUACUACAAAUGCAGCUACUGCUGCUGCUAUUACAAAAACACUUGCUCCAACAGCUACUACAAAAGCAACUAUGAAGCCUACAACAAUUACUACAAAAGCAGCUACUACAACUACAACAACCAAAAAAGCUACUACUGAAACAACAACUACUCCUACAACUACUACUACCACCACCACUACAACAACCACAAAACCGACUACCAAAACUACUACUACAACAACAACACCAACAGUUGCAGCAGCUCGUCCACCACCAACUGUCGAGAUGAGUGUUGGUUUAAAGCGUCUUUAUGUUCCAGAGCUUGCUAAUCCUCAGAGUCAGGAAUUCAAAGACUUGGCUGCCAUUGUGACUAAAGUGCUUAAUCUAAUCUAUAAAGCGCUAUAUGGCCCCCGCUUCCUCUGGAGUACUGUCCGAGCCUUCAGACCUCAGAACAGACGUGCAGAUGACUUUACGCAAGCAGAUGUCGAACUGGUAUUCAACGAGAGUUCCACAAAACCUCUCCCAUCUGGUGCCGAAGUAGUGAACGAACUCAAAGAUAUUGCAGAAAAUAACAAUACUUUCGAUGUGGAAUUUGAUGCCACCGCAAUCAGUGUCAUCAAUGAGCCACACAGGGUCCCUGUGCAAUUCCGAACAAAUGGCACUUUUGAAGCGGCUCUCUCAGAUUCUAGUUCAGAUUUAUUCACAAACAGAGCACUCAUGAUUAAAACAGGACUUAACCCUUUUUUCGUUGCUGACUUCCCGACUGCAUUCACCAUCUUAACCAUAUCAAACUUCAGCAACGGAGUUCUUAAAGAACAGACUGAUUCAAUUCUGAACUUCAUGGAAGUGAAUUUUGCCAGCUCUGCUCAACUUCCCAGCAACACCCAAAUUGGGGAAACUAUGCUCAGAGCAGCCAAUGAUACAAGCCUUCCCUUCAAGAUCUUCCUCAAUGACAUCAUGGUGAACGGCACACUAAUAUCAUCAAGCGACAUCAGCAGCAAGAUCAAUAUGUUCAUGGCAUGCUUCAUGGUGGCUGUGUCAUUUCUGUUCACGUGGUCCAGCUGAUGCUAAACCACGUCCUCCAUUCAUAAUGAGAACCUUUACUCAGUUUGACAAUCCUGUUCCUUUAAUGAAUAAUGCAAAUAUGCUGUUAAUUUUUGAAUAUUGUGCAUGAUUAAAAAGCGCAAUAAAAGAAAUCAUCAUAAGAAUAUGUACCAGUCAACCAGUAUGAAUGUGCAAGGGUAGGCUUUGGUCAGUACUCAUAGCUUUAAUUAUUUAUAAUUGCUAUAAAUUUUGUGAUGGGCAUUUUGGAAAUAAUUCUUUGGAAUCAAUUCUGGAGUGACAUUUUGAAGCAUGAUGCAAUUUUAUUGAUCACAUGAAAACAUGACAAGCUAAAAAGUCAAAGGCACUGUGGUUACGUGUAGUGUAUUAUUCUGUUAUAGAUUAGCAUGUAUACAGCCACAUAAAUGCACAUACAUGCUCCCUGUACAACAAAGAAUACCUCCAAUGUGGUUUGACUAGUUUUAAGACCUAUCAUUGUUUACUCUGGCAUGCUACCCAAAAGCUCUGUGUGAAAAGAUGCUUGUAUCUUCUCACACACUGUAAUUUUAAAAUAGCAAGCUAUAAACUAGAAGAUUAAUAUUUAUAGUUGACUUCUAUAAACCUGUGAACUUUCCAAAAAUUCUAUUUUUUUGUUCUUCUAAUAAUGUUCUCAGUACUUUGAAUGUACUGUAUUUAUUUCAUGUAGUGGCUACCUAGAUCCUUGGAUUACUGAACUGAUUUGUUGAAAACUAUUGAUGCUGUAUAUUGUACUUGCCUUAUCUGUAGCACCUCAUAUUUAUAAAUGCAUAACUCAGUUUUGAAUAAACUCAUGAGAAGCUAUGCUUCUGACUUUUUUUUAAUUGCUAAACCUGAAUAAUAAACAUUUAAUUAAUCGCUAGAGUUAAUGCUAGUUCUUUUUCAGGAACAAUAUUGUGCAUUCAUCUGCUCACUGGAAAGGUGCUCAGCUGGGCUACUGCUGUGUCGGAGAAGGGUGGGCAGCCAAUGAGGUCAGAUGAGCAUUUUGUUGGAAUAAUUAAAAGGGUAUGUUAUCACCAUCCUGAAUGCAUAGAGGUCAGAGAGAGACUGCUAACCAUUCAGCAGGGGGAAAGAGGAGUGACUGAAUAUGCUUUGGAGUUCCACACACUUGCUGCGGAAAGUGGAUGGAAUGAAUCAGCCCUGAAGGCCGCAUUACAUCAGGGAUUCAACCCUCUCAUCUUGACUGAGCUAGCAUGCCGUGGUGUACAGCAAACACUGGAUUCACUCAUUGAUUCAUCCAUCAGGCUGGAUAACCUCCAGAACAGACCAUCACUGCAAGGCACCACACUGAAUGCUCCAGUCAGGGCACCAUUGCGAUAUCUCACAUUAGAUCAGCACACUCUGGGGUGUACUCAUUUUUGCAUCACCCUAAUUUGAGUUAAACUGAAAAAAAAUGUGUAAUCUAAGUUAUA